AUGAAAUUCAACAACACUACUAGCUGGAUUUGGAGAGGGAUAUUGAAUGUCAAGUCUGAGCUGAGGAAGAUUGUUGAUUUUAAUAUGGGAAAUGGGAGGAAAACCAGCUUCUGGGAUGAUCCUUGGCUCCAGGGUCUGUCUCUCCUUGAGAAGUUUCCUAGAGUCAAGAUGAAGGAUUCUGACAUCCCUUGGAACACCCUUGUAGCUAAUCUUUUGAGACAUGGAAGAUGGGUGCUUCCUGACCCUAGUGAUGAAGAUAUGGCUGCAGCCUGGAACUAUAUCAAACAGAAUUGUUCUGUUUCUGACAGAGAUGAUGAAGUCAAGUGGAAAGUAGUGAAGAACAAUAACUUCUCUAUUAACCAGACUUGGAAGGAGUAUAGAGAGAAAUACCCUGAAGUCAGUUGGCACAAGAUUGUUUGGAACAAAGGUUAUAUGCCUAGAUUCAGUUUUAUCUUAUGGCUGAUUUUGAGAGACAGGGUCAAGACUAAAGACAAGCUUAAGAAGUGGGGGGUUACAGAAGAUGACAUAUGUGUUCUUUGCCCUGAUGGGGUUGAAUUUGUGAACCAUUAUUUCUUUAACUAUGAGUUUGCUACUUGCAUUUGGAGAAGUGUUCUGAAAGCUUGUCAUUGCAGCAUUGAGAUUAGAAGCUGGAGGAGCGUGAUAAGCUGGUUCAGUAGAAGAGCUGCUGGAAAAAACAAUAUGGCUGAGGUAAGAAGAUUGGCUCUCUCUGCUAUUGUUUACUACAUUUGGACUGCUAGAAACAAGAAAGUUUUUGCUAAGGAGACCCAAACUGCUGAGAUGGUGAUGAGGAAGAUUAAAACCAUCUUAACAGACAAGAUCAGUACUAUGAAGCCAGACCAGAGACUGAUAAGUAUCAUCCAUGAUUUGCACAUUAUCCAGCUUGUUUGUUUGGUUGUAUUGGCAGUUUGCCAAAAAUGCAGAGUCCUAGUUACUGGCUUGAGUUUGAAGAGAAAACCAAAGGGGUUCAGUGAACACAUGCAGGGGCACGUGCAUGAAAGCAAGCAAACAAAGAUCUUGCCAAGGAUGUCGGUUUUUGGUCGGAAAUAUUUCCAGCCAGUGGCAGUUAAUGGGGUCAACAACGCAUUCGACAGAUGCUAUAUGGAUUGCUAA